AUGAGACCUUUUCGCAAUCUUAUCAGCAAGGACGUGGAGCCUGGGAAGCGACAUCAUCCUCACACACGUGUGGAGUGGGAAAGCUUCCGAGAUGAUUUCACCAGACUCUAUCAAAUUGAUAGAAGAACACUAGCGGAUGUUGUCGAGCUUCUUAGUGAGAAAGGGUUCCGGGCCAGUGAGAAGCAAUGCAAAACGUACAUCAAGAAGUGGGGGCUCGAGAAAAAUAAUAGUCAAGUCGAUAUGAUUUUUGCUGCUCAGAACCAGCUCAGACGGAAUGGCAAAAAGACAAUCUAUAAAUAUCGAGGUCGCCGGCGUACCGAGGCCGAUGUUGCCCACUACUGGAGUCGGAAGAAGGCGAACUUCGAAGACUUUUCUCCCAUUCCAACAACCCCAGCUGGUAUGGAAUACUUUACUCCUGCCUCAUCUCCAAGCGAUACAAUGGAGGGCACAGGGUCAGGUCACAUCGCUCUCACGCCAGAUGACCCUGAAAUAAACUCUUCUGAUGAUGCCAUGCCUGUAACCGUGGAGUCGGAUGUCUUCCGGGAAUACGAGCGACUUCCACAGGUUCGGUCGCAGUCUCCAUCAGCCGUUGCUGCGAUAUUUCUGGACGCUGCUUGCCGCCGCAUUAUAUCGAACUACCAAUCUAAGACCCUAGGAUUGAUCGAGCUCCCAGACACAUUCCAACAACGGGCCCAUGUUUUAAAUCACAGUCAAGAAUACUUCUCAUGGUGGCUUCAAGAAGUAGACCUCAGCGAAGAAAAGUUCCAAUCGGAGUCCAAAGUCGCCUGGGAUUUUAGGGAGUCAGUUUACGCUCUACAAUACGCAAUUUGCUACGAUCACUCCAAGGAUAGUAUCGAAAUCAUGUUUUUUGACGUAAUUCAAAUGCUUCCAACCCUAUGGCAGCAAGAAAGCCCCAGUGGUGUACUAUGUACCAUGGACAUGUUGUUCUCGGUCUCGGACAACUCGGCGGAAGAAAGAUCAUAUACUCAACUGAUCGCGUAUUAUGCAUUUGAUCAUGCUUUGAAACUAUGGGGAAAUGAGCACCCCUGUACUAAGUUCCUGCGAACGAUCAUUGAUCCUGGCACUAGCCCUUUUGACAUGAUAUGUGCGUUAUUACUGGGUAAGGAAGUUUUUCGCGGAGUAUUUGAUCGCAACCACUGGCUCCAACUCACUCUCUUACAUCGACUCGAUAGAGGUGCGACAAAAGUGAAACAAUUCGACCAGCUGGAGAUCGAAAAUGAAAUUUACCAACUGUACCUGGCCACAUACCAAGCAGAGAUCACCGACAGGGCUUUGUACAAUCUUUUGAUCAGUCAAGGCAACCUUGUAUCUGCUUACGCUGAGCGUGGGAAUUAUCAUGACGCUAGAAUCUUGUUGGAAGACGGGCUUGAGAGGCUCCGAGGCAUUGAUGACCCGGAGAAACGAAGUCACGUCCGGGCUAUCUUUCGACGACGUUGGGGUAACCUCAACUAUGAGCAAGGGAGGAUCAGGCAGUCACUAAAUGCCUUUAUUGAAUCUUUGUCGAUAUUUCUUCAAUUAUACGGCCCGCGACACUCCGAGACAAUGGAAAGUGCGGAUUGGUGCCACUGGCUUCAGGACAAACUAGACACAGAAACUCAACAAAGGCUCCAAGCAGGGUUUACUGUACCGUGA